UUGCGCCGUACCGCAUUAACAGUUUCACCACGUAGUUGUUUUCGCGUCGUAACUAAGUAAGUAAGUACGCAACCACGAACACGUAAUUGGAUCCGUUUCAUUGUUUGCCGGCAAUCGAUUAAAUUCGAAUUUAUUUCGAAUCUUUCGUAUUUUUUUUUUUUUUUAUAUACUUACAUUUCUGUGUAUACCAAAACGCGCACGAGAAAAUUCAAGAUGUCAUAUGGAAAAUUACUACUUGCGUUUGGAAUUUGGAUGAUAUUCACGAGCGAGGGUCAAACAGAAGGCUGGUUGGACGGAUUAAACAUGGAUUUAAAUAAAUUUCAACAGGAUAUACAACAGGGUGUAGAAAAUCUUCAAUAUAAUAUACAAAAAAGCGUGGAAAAGUCGAUAGCCGACGUAACAAAGUAUACUGAUUCUGUUCAGGAGGCAAUUAAAAAAGGAGAAUUCAAAAGUUUCGCAACCGACGGUAGUACGAUUAUUACGAAUGGUCCUGGUACGAUUGUAACAAAGGGUCUUGGUACAUCAAGGGUCAUCACGUCAGGAUAUCUUUCUAACGGUCAACCAUACUCAUACGAUGUUGAGGAUAAAGUGAUAGGUAGAACUCUUUAUCACACCGAAAGAUAUUACAAUAAUACGAACGGUGGAGUAGACGUAAUCGCUUAUACUUUAGACCUUGAUGAUCCUAAAGCUAAACCCGUCCCGUUUAAGCCACAUCCGUAACAACCUCGUAACGAGCAUGGCUACAAUAAUAAUUGUUUUAUCCGAAAAAAAUGAAAGAAAAAAAAUGAAAAAAAAAGGAGAGAGGGAGUUAUAAAUACAAUAAACGUUAUCCCCUUACCUUCGUAAAACUUUAUCGAUAUAUAUGAUUGCAUUUGCAAUUAGUGUUAAAUGUAAAACAAAAAGGAAAAAGUAAAAUAAAAAGUUAUUCCACUAA